CAUGCUGUAGACACACCAACCCUAGACAGAAAAGUUACUCAACAAUUUCUCUUGUUUCCUGUCACGGAACAAAUUUUGAUUGCUGAUAAAAUUACCACAGCAAGAAGCUCAGGAUGACAUACAAAUUGCUCUAUCCCGUGACACUUUAUUACUUUUAAUGUGACUUGGACACUUGCAGUCAAAGGAGAGAGCUGUUAAACUGUUUUUUUGCAGUGACUUCCUCUUUUCUCUAGUUUUCGUACAGGUUGCAAGAGCUUCCUUUUUAUUUUCCUUUCUUUUUUAAUUUUGUUUAAAUCUGAUUUCCAUGCCGUCGGCCAUAAAUGCUGUGGUGGCUCAACAGACAGAGACUGGGUCAGUUCCUAGCACCAACAUUAGCACAACAGCUGAAACAGGAGGAGGUUCAGGGGGUAUCUACUCUGCUAUCAUCAGUCGCAACCAGCCCAUUAUUGGAGUGCGGGAAAAGACCUUUGAAGAACUCUACAAGAAAUGCCUGGAAAAGAAGAUUCUUUAUGUGGAUCCUGAUUUCCCACCUAAUGAGAGCUCCCUCUUCUACAGCCAGAAACUACCCAUCAAGUUUGAGUGGAAAAGACCCACAGAAAUCUGUGAGAAUCCACGCUUUAUAAUUGGUGGAGCCAACCGAACUGAUAUUUGUCAAGGAGAAUUAGGUGACUGCUGGUUCCUAGCUGCCAUUGCUUGCCUGACGCUGAAUGAAAAGCUACUCUGCCGAGUCAUACCUCACGAUCAGACCUUCAUAAAAAACUAUGCUGGGAUCUUUCACUUCCAGUUCUGGCGCUAUGGAAACUGGGUGGAGGUUGUCAUUGAUGACUGUUUACCAACAUAUAACAACCAGCUGGUCUUCACCAAAUCCUCCCAGCGCAAUGAAUUCUGGAGUGCUCUGCUGGAAAAGGCCUAUGCAAAACUCCACGGGUCCUAUGAGGCUUUGAAAGGAGGCAAUACCACAGAGGCCAUGGAGGAUUUCACAGGAGGAGUGACAGAGUUCUAUGAGAUAAAAGAUGCACCCAAAGAUAUAUACAAGAUCAUGAAACAUGCCAAGGACAGAGGAUCACUCAUGGCCAGCUCCAUUGAUGACAAUAUGGGCUUCUCAUACGGGACUGCUCCUCAAAGUGAUCUUGGGGAAUUAAUUGCCCGAAUGGUGAAGAAUGUGAAUAGCAUGCCGAGGACUGACUCAACUCUAGAUUUCCAAGGCUCAGAGGAAAGGCCAGCCUGGACUAUAAUCCCAAUGCAGUUUGAGACACGCAUGACUUGUGGGCUAGUCAAAGGACAUGCCUAUUCAGUUACUGCAGUGGAAGAGACAUCAUUUAAAGCGGGAAAAAUAAAGCUAGUGCGGCUAAGGAACCCCUGGGGACAGGUGGAAUGGAAAGGAGCCUGGAGUGACAAUUCAGACGAAUGGAACUUAAUUGACAAAGCAGAGAAAAUCCGACUACAGUACAGAAUUGAAGAGGAUGGGGAGUUCUGGAUGUCAUUUGACGAUUUCAUGAGGUACUUCACAAAGCUGGAGAUCUGUAACCUCACACCUGAUACUUUGGAAUCUGAUAAGCUCCAAACUUGGACUGUUUCAGUCAAUGAAGGGCGUUGGGUGAGAGGCUGCUCCGGAGGAGGUUGUCGCAAUUAUCCAGAUACAUUUUGGACCAAUCCGCAGUAUCGCUUGGAGCUCCUGGAGGAGGACGAUGAUCCUGAAGAUAAUGAGGUUGUCUGCAGCUUCCUGGUUGCACUGAUGCAGAAAAACAGGAGAAAAGAGCGCAAACUCGGAGCCAACCUCCUCACUAUUGGCUUUGCCAUUUAUGAGGUGCCGAAAGAGAUGCAUGGUAACAAGCAGCACUUACAAAAGGAUUUUUUCCUUUACAAUGCCUCCAAAGCUAGAAGUAAGUCAUAUAUAAACAUGCGAGAAAUCUCUGAACGCUUCCGGCUGCCUCCCAACGAGUAUGUCAUCGUCCCAUCGACAUAUGAACCUCACCAGGAGGGAGAGUUCAUCCUGAGGGUCUUCUCAGAAAAAAGAAGUCUUUCAGAGGAAGUUGAAAACAAGAUAGAAGCAGAACGUCCUUCCAAAAAGAAAAAAGGCAAGCCAAUCAUCUUUGUUUCUGACAGAGCAAACAGCAAUAAGGAGUUGAAAGUUGAUGAAGCAUCUGGCAAGGAGAAGAAAAAAACGAGCAGAGAUGAGAAAAAGAAAAGCGAUGAGCCCACUCCAACAAAUGCUGACAAGGAUAGUGAAGAAGAGAAGCAGUUCAGGAAUAUAUUCCAGCAGAUUGCUGGAGAUGACAUGGAGAUCAGUGCUGACGAACUCAGAAGUGUUCUGAAUAACGUUCUAAAAAAACACAAAGACCUGAAGACAGAAGGGUUUGUGCUGGAGUCCUGCCGCAGCAUGAUUGCCUUAAUGGACACAGAUGGUUCAGGGAAAAUAAACUUCGAGGAGUUUCGACACCUCUGGGAUAAACUGAAAAGCUGGCAGAAAAUUUUCAAACGUUAUGACACAGAUCAUUCUGGCACCAUUAAUAGUUACGAGAUGCGUAAUGCAGUCAAAGAUGCAGGUUUCUGCCUUAACAAGCAGCUCUAUGACAUCAUUACAAUGCGCUAUGCUGACAAAAACAUGAACAUUGACUUCGACAGCUUUAUCUGCUGCUUUGUGCGACUGGAAGGAAUGUUCAGGGCAUUCCACGCCUUUGAUAAAGAUGGAGAUGGUAUCAUUAAACUCAACGUCUUGGAGUGGCUGCAGCUCACCAUGUAUGCUUAAAUUGACCUGGCCUCCCUCUCCUUGUGCAUGAACACUGCCCACGACUCUCAGGAUUUCUGUUGGAAGCAACCAGCUUCAGAAUAUGAAGGACUUCCCAACACAGCUGCCUCCCCUGCUUGGAGCCAUAGAGCAAAGAACGAUUGUUACCCAAGGCAACUUGCACGUUCCAAUGCUGAACUCGAGGAAGGCACAAUAUAAAAACAGAUGGCAAUACCCUUUAGGAAAGUGACUAGAGCUCACUACCUAAAAACUAAUCUAUUAAUGCCUCCCUGGCAUUUUCCUUUUGCAACAAAGGUUUAACUUACUGAUGACCAAACGUAAGCAUUUUUGGCAUGGUAAGGUUACCAUCAGUCACUCCCCACACAAUGCACAUGCCUUUCCACUACUAUGCUGGCAUGUGGAAAAUAUUUUCCCUACCUCUCCAGGGCUAGUAAUUCCAAGUCAACCGUUAGUCCUUAUACAGGACUAAGUCUGUAUCUGAACUGGGUCUCAUAGGCACCACUGCCAUCUUCUCACUCUUCGGUUUCUCUGUUCUAAUUCUGGUUUCAGUAUUGCUAGUGUUGCUUCUUCACAACAGCGUACUCAACCAUAAAUCACACUGAUCCUGUGUUUUUUUCCUGUGAUGAACCAUCUAGUAUUUUUCAUAUAAUGGCUCAGUGGGCCAGUGUUGAUGUUGUUCAAGAACACAAGUGAUGAAGACAUUAUGGAGAUGUCUACAAUGCAAUAGAAGGUGAAUAAAUAAAAUGUGUUCUUAACCUGGAUUAUCUACAUGGGUUAAAAUAGCUGUGAAGACACCACAGUGUGGCUUUUAACUUGAGUUAGCAGCUACAGUUCAAGCCAGUGGAGCAGCCUGGGGCUGACCUCCAGCUGCUAACCUGAGUUAAAAGGUGAAUUGCUGUGUCUUCACUGCUAUUUUAACCCAUGUAGAUAAUCCAGGUUAAGAACA